AUGCCUACAUUCCUCGUCAACCAUAGCAAAGCUCGCACCCGGAGUGUCCAGCUUGAUUCUCUUCCCAGGAAGAUGCAAAUUGUCGACCAACAGCCAAGCCGAGUUUCUAUGCUGUCUGUAACGACGACGAGCUCCCAGCCUGGAAGCUUUGCUCGUGUCUCCCAGGAAAAUCGAGACCCAGCUGUUCGGCAUUAUCGCAGUAUGCUUGUCGUUGAUGCACCAGCAUUGAGACCUCUAAAACCCAUGGAUUACUCGGAGCUCUACGACAGCGAUGGCCUACGUUAUGACGCUACAGGUACCGAAUUCCCGGCCAGCAGCUCGCCCGAGCCGGCUCCUGUUUCGAGCCCUCUGUCCUCUUCAGUGAACGAAAACAAGAACAUUGUUCGAAGAAAAUUGACGGGCUACGUUGGUUUCGCAAACCUGCCAAACCAAUGGCACCGCAAGAGUGUGCGCAAAGGCUUCAACUUCAAUGUCAUGGUUGUUGGUGAAUCCGGCCUUGGCAAGUCCACUCUUGUCAACACUCUGUUCAACACUUCUCUGUACCCUCCCAAGGAGCGCAAGGGUCCUAGCCUGGACAUCAUUCCCAAGACCGUCACUAUUCAGUCGAUCAGCGCAGACAUCGAGGAGGCUGGUGUCCGUCUCCGACUUACCGUCGUCGAUACUCCUGGUUUUGGCGACUUUGUGAACAACGACGAGUCUUGGAGACCUAUUGUCGAGAACAUUGAGCAGCGAUAUGACGCAUACUUGGAUGCCGAGAACAAGGUCAACCGCAUGAACAUUGUGGACAACAGAAUCCACGCCUGUGUCUACUUCAUCCAGCCUACCGGCCACUCGCUCAAGCCUCUGGACAUUGAGGUCAUGCGUCGCCUUCACACCAAGGUCAACUUGAUUCCCGUUAUCGCAAAGGCCGAUACCCUCACCGACGAGGAGAUCAUCUCCUUCAAGGCCAGAAUCCUUAGCGAUAUCAAGCACCACGACAUUCAGAUCUUCGAGGGCCCUCGCUACGAGCUCGAUGACGAGGAGACCAUUGCCGAGAACAAUGAGAUCAUGUCCAAGGUUCCGUUCGCUGUUGUUGGUGCGAAUAACGAGAUCACCAAUGCCGAUGGUCGCAAGGUUCGUGGCCGUAGCUACCCAUGGGGUGUGAUCGAGGUCGACAACGAGGAGCACUGUGACUUUGUCAAGCUCCGACAGAUGCUCAUCCGCACCCACAUGGAGGAGCUCAAGGAGCACACCAACAACGCUCUGUACGAGAACUACAGAACCGACAAGCUCACUGCUAUGGGUGUUGCCCAAGACCCAAGCGUCUUCAAGGAGGUCAACCCCGCCGUCAAGCAAGAAGAGGAGCGUGCUCUGCACGAGCAGAAGCUUGCCAAGAUGGAAGCCGAGAUGAAGAUGGUCUUCCAGCAAAAGGUGGCCGAAAAGGAGAGCAAGCUGAAGCAGAGCGAGGAAGAGCUCUACGCCCGGCAUCGCGAGAUGAAGGAGCAGCUGGAACGACAACGGAUAGAGCUCGAGGAGAAGAAGAGCAGAGUCGAGAGCGGCAGACCGAUCGAGAAGGAGGGCAAGCGCAAGGGUUUCUCUCUUCGCUAA